UAUACGACAGCCGCGAGUCGUUACAUGCAUGCGUACUGGUUAAGUGGCUGAAAAGCUUGGGCUGGCGAUCAACAGUUAUUUUGCUCGCCCGAGGAAGGGGUUUAGAGUGGAAUUCCCUUCAUUAGAAGUCAGCAUUGCACUCCGAUGAUGCAGCAGGAAUUUGUUUGGGUCGCCUUCAUCACAGGGAGUACAUUGUUGGCGUUUUUCCCGUGUCUGGUUCUGUGAGAGACGCCCCUCGCCGACCGUUUGCAUCGAGUGUUCAAGAGGAUUUUUCAAAAGAGUUGCAAGCGACCGUAAAACUUCUCUAUUCUCGCGGAUUUCGGAGGAUUUUCCUGCCCUGCUUGUUUUCUUUGAUCAUCGAUCAUACUUUGAGCGUCCUUGGAGGACAUUGGCAAGUGAACAGCACCCUUUUCCUUGCCUGUGUUGGAGAAAAACCGUCUAGUAAGGUUUGUUUUGAACAACUCCUACUCGCGAGUGACUGACCUCCACAGUAAAAAAGAGGUGACCCCGGAGGCGUCCCGCUUGACGAAGCUUUUCCGUACAGAUUUUCCGCUCCGUUUGCGACGCAGUUUGUUGUUGUUGUCCUUCGCCUUCGAUGUAGGGGGAAUAUAUAAUUCCGGGCGAGAUGAACAGGAACAAACGUCCCGGCUCGGGCGGGAGGGAGAAGCAGCAGAAGGGGGGUAAACACUGGUACCAGCGCGUACGGGACACCCUCGUGUCCCGAACAGAAGACGGUAGCUUCAACUUCACUAUAAAGGGAGGGGCCGAGAACGCACUCUUCACCUUCAUCGGGGAGGCCAAAACCGACAAAAUAGUCUACAGAGCGGGAAAACUCCACUCAGACGACAUCAUCCUCGAAGUCGACGGCACGAAAGUCGCAGGAUUCACCCUAAAAGACGUCCAGGAGUUGAUCAAGGACAGCAAGGACCCGGUGUCUCUGAAAACUGUCAAACCAGGGCAAGGACUGACCAAGGACCUGCGACAGUACCUGAACACCAGGUUCCAGAAAGGCUCGGUGGAUCAUGAUCUACAGCAAACCAUCCGAGACAACGUCUACCUGAGGACAGUACCCUGCACGACCCGAGGCCCUCGGGAGGGUGAGGUGCAGGGGGUGGACUACCAGUUCCUGACGGUCGAGGAGUUUAUGGCCUUGGAGAAAAGUGGAAAUCUACUAGAGAGCGGUCUGUACGACGGUAACCAUUACGGAACUCCAAAGCCUCCGAAGGAAGCUACCGCAGGCUUGAAGAAGUCCAGUUCUACCGGCGAUCUCCGACCUGGUUCACACCCUUCCUCCGAGGGCAAGAGGAAACGCAACCAGUCCAAUGUGGAAAGCCCCAAGAGCACCAUCAAUGGCAGAGCGGGGGACGAGAAGGAGGUGGUAGAGCGGAAGAGGAGCGAUUCCAUCACCAUGGCAACGGAGCAGCAGGAUCUGGGCCCGUUGCCAGACAACUGGGAGGUGGCGUACACCGACAAUAACGAGAUGUAUUUCAUCGACCACAACACAGGGACGACCCAUUGGGACGACCCACGACUCCAGGAGGGGGGGCAGGAUGGAGGUCAACAAAAUGUGCCAAAUCAGGGGGAGGAUACAGAAGAGGAGCUGCUGCCAUAUGGUUGGGAGAGGAUAGACGAUCCACACUACGGCACUUACUAUGUCGAUCACGUCAACCGCAGGACGCAGUACGAGAAGCCCACCAUGGAUGCCGACAAGAUUCCCAAAGAAACUGAUGAUUCCUCCACCCACCCUGCCUCCGAUUCCGAGCGCACAUCCCCUCCCCCUGACAAUGGUAAAGCUCCUGUUGAUGAUUCCCGCGAAAAUUCUCCCCGCGACGAUCAGUCCGAUAAAGCUCCGCCUUCCGCCGGCGGCUCCGAUACCGGGCCGCCGCCCCCUGCAGAGGCUGAGAAUGCGUCCAAAGCGUACUUCACUAGCAAUCCAGAUGAGCUGACGGGAGAGAUGAUCGAGACGUUGUUGGUGAAGAGCGAGCGAGGGUUCGGGUUCACCAUCGUGGGGGGUGACGAGCCGGGGGAGUUCCUACAGGUGAAGAGCGUGGUGCCGGGAAGCCCCGCUGCAGAGGACGGGAAACUAGAAACAGGUGAUGUGAUAGUGUUUGUGAACGACACCUGUGUCCUCGGCUACACCCACAGCGACGUGGUCGGACUCUUCCAGACCAUCCCGCCCGGUCAGAGGGUACGCCUGGAGUGCCGCAGGGGGUACCCUCUGCCCUUUGACCCCGAUGACCCCAACACGAACAUUGUGACCUCUGUUGCCAUAGCGAUGCCCACCACCAACACGGUGGACAGUCUCGUGUCGAGGUACAACGGCGAUCAGCCGGAUAGACUGCCGUUCGUGCCGCCGCCGCAGCGCCCGACUCACACCGUGCAGUCCUCCUUUUCCAAAUCCAUGCCAGACAUUUCCGCACGCCCCAGGCAUCAGCACGAGAGGUCGUUGACCCCGGAGCCGGGUCCUCACCCCAACCGCGCCUCAACCGGAUACUUCUACGAGGACGGCGUGAGUUUACGCCCCGAGGAACUAAAACCGGAGUACGUCACGGUCCACAUAGUCAAAGGGGACCGUGGAUUCGGCUUCACGAUCGCGGACAGCGCGUACGGGCAGCGCGUGAAACAGAUUCUGGACGAGCCGCGGUGUAAGAACCUGUGCGUGGGAGACGUGCUGGUGGAAAUCAACGGCACGGACGUACGACAGUGUACACACAACGAGCUGGUGGGGAUUCUCAAGGAGUGCUCCAAGGGCAAGGAGACAACCAUUAUUGUGCAGAGGGGAGGCAUCCUACAGCUGCAGGGGAAAGGGAAGAAGGGGACGCCGUCCAAGCAGCCGAUACUUCCCAUGGCGCAGGACGGGUUGCUGGGGAGACGGGCCGCCGAGUACGGGUACCAGGCGCCGCCGUCGUCGUCUCACCUGCGGUCUGCCGACCUGGCCGAAAAUGGCAGACAAGACGCCCACCCUGUGUCGUCAUAUGGCACCUUGCCACGUGCCCCACCCAGGCCCGCUGAGCCCACCAUGUACAACGGAUACCAGUAUAACCCACCAAACAGGAGUCCUUCCAGGCCUAACUACGAGGCACCCCCGCCCCCAGUGAGGAUGGACUCUGAGGUUCCCGCGCCUCCCGUACGGAUGGACGUGCCUCCGCCGAGCGCUGACGAGGCCUGGCAGGAGAUGACCAUCUUCCUGAGGAGACAGGAGAGCGGCUUCGGAUUCCGCAUCCUGGGUGGACAGGAGGAGGGCAAACCGGUGUCGAUAGGUGCUAUUGUGCCAGGUGGAGCGGCUGACCUGGACGGGCGGCUGUUGUCGGGUGACGAGCUGCUGUACGUGGACGGGGUGGCCGUGCAGAACGCCUCGCACCACAAGGUCGUGUCGCUCAUGGGUCAGGCCGCGCUGGCCGGCAAGGUGUCGCUCGGAGUUCGACGCAGGCUGCAAGACAUGGUUAGUCAGCCCCCGCCCAGACCAGCCAUGGUGAACGACUUCAGGCCGCCGCCGCCUGCAAUUUCACCUGUCGUCACCUACCCGUACGACGUCACCGUUCUUAGGAACGAGACAGAAGGCUUCGGCUUCGUCAUCACUUCAUCGGCUUCAAAAAGUGGAGCUAAAAUCGGCCGGAUCAUCCCCAGCAGUCCGGCGGAGCGCUGCGGCCAGCUCGCCGUGGGAGACCACCUGGUGGCGGUUAACGGGAUCAGCAUACUCAACCUGUCACACAGCGAGAUCGUCAACAUCAUUAAGGAGUCUGGGCUGAGGGUCACGCUCAAGAUCGCUCCCCCUGAUGAUCCCGGCACCCCAGGUGCAGCUCCUACGAAUGGCAACAUGAUGAAUGCUGUGGCCACACCUGCCAUAGCAGACCAGACUAACGAGAGCUUCGGAGAAGGGCAGAAGGAGAGAACGAGAGAAGAAAUCCUGGAGUGGCACCGUAAGGAGAUGCAGAAACGGGAAGCCCUAAUCCAGCGGCAGCAGUCCACCCCCACCCUGCCGCCGGGGUCCCAGCACUCUCCCUACCCCCCUCAGCACUCCCCCGGGGUCCCCCCACCCCAGCAGCACUCCCCAGGACUCCCGCCACCCCAGAGACACUCCCCCGCCCAGCCAUCGUUCCCUCCCCACCAGCCGUUGUCAGUGCAGACACACUACCCCCCCACGUCUCAGAUGCAGCACCCCCCCUCCCCCAGGAGAGUGGGGCCACCCUCCUCUCCGGGCAGAAGAUCACAGUGGUAA